UGGCCCCACGGUGGGAGCAGAGGAUGGCAUCUGAGUCGCUGAACCCUAAAGUCACUGGCUCUGUUCAGAUCAGAGAGCCCCCUCAGAGACCAGAGAGAGGUAAUAUAACAUCUUCACAACUUCUAGAUAUGAACCCCAAGGAGAAUCAAGUACUGUUAAAGGAUAUCAAGAUUGAGCCCCCAGAACUUCUGGCUAAUGAUUUCAACAUGCCCCAGGUGGAACCAGUUGAUCUUUCUUUUCACAGACCCAAGACUCCUCUCCAGCCUGCCAGCAUGCUAAAAGCUCAAAUAUGUUCUCCUAAGUCACAACCUACUUCUCAAAUCCUGUUAGUAUCCACUUCAACAUCAAACACAAGCACAUCAACAAAUAUCUCUACUCCAGGCUAUGUCCUGGCAUCGCAGAACGAAGGUAGUCAGUCCAUCUUACAUGUGAUACACACCAUCCCUGCAGUCAGUCUACCAAAUAAGAUGAACAGACUGAAAGCCAUCCCAGUGGUAGUGCAGUCUUUGCCAAUGGUGUAUACUACUUUGCCUGCAGAUGGAAGGUCUGUGGCCAUUACAGUCCCACUCAUUGGAGGAGAUGGCAAAAAUCUUGGAUCAGUGAAAGUUGACCCCGUAUCUAUGUCUCCACCGGAUUUCCCUAGUGACAGUGAAGACAGUACAAAUGAGAGUGGAUAUUCUGUCUUGCUGGGUAUUCAGGGAAAAUUGAAAGAACCAGCAUCAAUGACUGAAGAACAGAGAAAAGAAUCCUUUGGUUUAAAAAGAAGACGGAUUCACCAGUGUGACUUUGAAGGAUGCAACAAAGUGUACACCAAAAGCUCUCACCUGAAAGCCCACCAUAGAAUUCAUACAGGAGAGAAGCCUUAUAAAUGCACCUGGGAUGGCUGCUCCUGGAAAUUUGCUCGCUCAGAUGAGCUCACUCGUCAUUUCCGUAAGCACACAGGCAUCAAACCUUUCCAGUGUACAGACUGUAGCCGUAGCUUUUCUCGUUCUGACCACCUGUCCCUGCACCGACGGCGUCAUGACACUAUGUGAAUGGCACAAGCUGUACUAGAAAAGCUGUGUUGAAUUCGUGUGUGUGUGUGUGUGUGUUGCUGUAUUGCCA